UCUCUGUUUCAUUAGCUCAUUUAAAAAAGAAAAAAACAUAAAAAAUGUGAACCCCUUGUGGCAUUUGGGAGAAAGCCAGGCACCCCAGCCUUUGUUUUCAUCGAUGAAUGAAUAAACUAAACCAAUAACUAAAUCAGAAUAUUCGCUUGGACGAACCAGAUAGAUCCACAUUGCAGCAGGUGAGGCACUCCUGCAUUUUCUCCCAUCCGUCGCAGGAAAUAAAUCAAAAAGGAGAUUGCUCGGCUCUGUUUCUGAAUCGAAUUGAGAAAAAAAGAAGAAAAACAAUGGGGAGCUUGGGGACGUUACUGAGAUAUCCGGACGAUAUAUAUCCGCUGCUGAAGAUGAAGCGAGCGAUCGAGAAAGCGGAGAAGCAGAUCCCGCCUGAGCCACACUGGGGUUUCUGCUACUCAAUGCUCCACAAGGUUUCUCGUAGCUUCUCCCUCGUUAUCCAGCAACUUCGUCCCGAGCUUCGUAACGCUGUGUGCGUGUUCUAUUUGGUUCUUCGAGCUCUUGAUACUGUCGAGGAUGACACAAGCAUUCAAACUGAUGAAAAGCUGCCCGUCCUGUUUGCUUUCCACCGUCACAUUUACGAUACUGACUGGCACUAUUCAUGUGGUACGAAGGAGUACAAGGUUUUGAUGGAUCAGUUUCAUCAUGUUUCUGCAGCAUUUUUGGAACUUGAAAAAGGGUAUCAAGAGGCUAUCGAGGAAAUUACUAAAAGAAUGGGCGCUGGAAUGGCCAAGUUUAUCUGCCAGGAGGUAGAAACUGUUGAUGACUACAAUGAGUACUGCCACUAUGUUGCUGGACUUGUGGGUUUAGGUCUGUCUAAACUCUUCCUCGCUUCGGGAUCAGAAGUUUUGACUCCAGACUGGGUUCAUAUUUCCAACUCAAUGGGUUUAUUUCUUCAGAAAACAAACAUUAUCAGAGAUUAUCUUGAGGACAUUAAUGAGAUACCAAAGUCCCGCAUGUUUUGGCCUCGUAAGAUUUGGGGCAAAUAUGCCGACAAGCUAGAGGACUUAAAAUACGAAGAGAAUUCUACAAAAGCAGUGAACUGCUUGAAUGAAAUGGUCACCAAUGCAUUGACGCAUGUCGAAGAUUGCCUGAAGUACAUGGCUGCGUUGCGUGACCCUUCUAUAUUUCGGUUUUGUGCUAUUCCUCAGAUCAUGGCGAUUGGAACACUUGCAUUAUGCUAUAACAAUGUACAAUUAUUUAGAGGAGUCGUGAAGCUCAGGCGAGGUCUAACUGCUAAAGUCAUUGAUCGCACAAAGACAAUGGCUGAUGUGUAUGGUGCUUUCUAUGAUUUUUCUUGCAUGCUUAAAACAAAGGUCGACAAGAACGAUCCAAAUGCCAGUGACACGCUAAACCGACUUGAAGCCGUGCAGAAAGUCUGCAGAGACACUGGAGUCCUGCAUAAGAGAAAAUCUUAUGUUAAUGACCAAGGAAAAUCAUGCAAUGUCUAUAUUGUAAUGCUUGUGAUUCUACUGGCCAUAGUCUUUGCAUAUCUCAGAGCAAACUGAGUGGAUCAGUGCUGGACAUUGUGAUUCUUCCCAGGUUCCAGAACAAGAGAGUUUAAAACUUGAUUUGAUCCUCUCUAAACCCCAAUGGAUUCUAUUUUGGUUAUCUUAUCUUAUCUGUAGGUGUAAUAAACGUGCGCAUUUUAUUCAUCUAUUUUUCUCCUUUUGUGUUUGCUUUUUGGGACCAAACAUUCUGUUUCUUUUUUUGGGUUAUUUCUUUUGUCAUGUUGAAUAUAUCUCUAAACUUUUUCGUUCAAAUGGAUCCAAAGUUGAUUA